ACGGUCACCACAGUGCUGACCCAUGGAGCUCCUCCAGCGGUAUGAACCAGCCUGGUUACAGCGGCAUGCUGGGUAACUCCUCCCACGGCCCCCAGAGCAGCAGCUACUGUGGCACCCACCCACAUGACCGGCUGGUGAGUAUCCUCUCCUCCUUUCCUUUCCUUAUCUCCUUCUCUUCUAAUCUACUCUCCACCUCCUCUCCUCUCCACUUCCCUCUUCUCAUUCUGUUCUCCUGCUACUUUCUGUGUCUCCUUGUCUCGCUCCAUCAGUUGAUCAUUCCUUAGCCUUGGUAUUCCUCCAUACCAUCUCACUCUUACUGCCUUUCACUUCUCUAGGUUCUAGAUGGUUAGAUGGUUAGUCUGAGGGUUCUAAAGGGUUAGAUGUUCAAUCUGAGGGUUCUAAAGGGUUAGAUGUUCAAUCUGAGGGUUCUAAAGGGUUAGAUGUUCAAUCUGAGGGUUCUAAAGGGUUAGAUGUUCAGUCUGAGGGUUCUAAAGGGUUAGAUGUUCAGUCUGAGGGUUCUAAAGGGUUAGAUGUUCAAUCUGAGGGUUCUAAAGGGUUAGAUGUUCAGUCUGAGGGUUCUAAAGGGUUAGAUGUUCAGUCUGAGGAUUAUAAAGGUUUAGAUGUUCAGCCUGAGGGUUGUAAAGGGUUAGAUGUUCAGUCUGAGGGUUGUAAAGGGUUAGAUGUUCAGUCUGAGGGUUAUAAAGGUUUAGAUGUUCAGCCUGAGGGUUGUAAAGGGUUAGAUGUUCAGUCUGAGGGUUGUAAAGGGUUAGAUGUUCAGUCUGAGGGUUGUAAAGGGUUAGAUGUUCAGUUUGAGGGUUGUAAAGGGUUAGAUGUUCAGUCUGAGGGUUCUAAAGGGUUAGAUGUUCAGCCUGAUUGUUGUAAAGGGUUAGAUGUUCAGUCUGAGGGUUGUAAAGGGUUAGAUGUUCAGUCUGAGGGUUGUAAAGGGUUAGAUGUUCAGUUUGAGGGUUGUAAAGGGUUAGAUGUUCAGCCUGAGGGUUGUAAAGGGUUAGAUGUUCAGUCUGAGGGUUGUAAAGGGUUAGAUGUUCAGUCUGAGGGUUCUAAAGGGUUAGAUGUUCAGUCUGAGGGUUGUAAAGGGUUAGAUGUUCAGUCUGAGGGUUGUAAAGGGUUAGAUGUUCAGUCUGAGGGUUGUAAAGGGUUAGAUGUUCAGUCUGAGGGUUCUAAAGGGUUAGAUGUUCAGUCUGAGGGUUUGUAAAGGGUUAGAAUGUUCAGCCCUAAGGGUUGUAAAGGGUUAGAUGUUCAGCCUGAGGGUUGUAAAGGGUUAGAUGUUCAGUCUGAGGGUUGUAAAGGGUUAGAUGUUCAGCCUGAUUGUUGUAAAGGGUUAGAUGUUCAGUCUGAGGGUUGUAAAGGGUUAGAUGUUCAGUCUGAGGGUUUGUAAAGGGUUAGAUGUUCAGUCUGAGGCUGUAAAGGGUUAGAUGUUCAGUCUGAGGGUUGUAAAGGGUUAGAUGUUCAGUCUGAGGGUUCUAAAGGGUUAGAUGUUCAGUCUGAGGGUUCUAAAUGGUUAGAUGUUCAGCCUGAGGGUUGUUAAGGGUUAGAUGUUCAGUCUGAGGGUUGUAAAGGGUUAGAUGUUCAGUCUGAGGGUUGUAAAGGGUUAGAUGUUCAGUCUGAGGGUUGUAAAGGGUUAGAUGUUCAGUCUGAGGGUUGUAAAGGGUUAGAUGUUCAGUCUGAGGGUUGUAAAGGGUUAGAUGUUCAGUCUGAGGGUUCUAAAGGGUUAGAUGUUCAGUCUGAUGUUGUAAAGGGUUAGAUGUUCAGUCUGAGGGUUGUAAAGGGUUAGAUGUUCAUCUGAGGGUUGUAAAGGUUAGAUGUUCAGUCUGAGGGUUGUAAAGGGUUAGAUGUUCAGCCUGAGGGUUGUAAAGGGUUAGAUGUUCAGUCUGAGGGUUGUAAAGGGUUAGAUGUUCAGUCUGAGGGUUUCUAAAGGGUUAGAUGUUCAUCUGAGGGGUUGUAAAGGGUUAGAUGUUCAGUCUGAGGGUUGUAAAGGGUUAGAUGUUCAGUCUGAGGGUUCUAAAGGGUUAGAUGUUCAGUCUGAGGGUUCUAAAGGGUUAGAUGUUCAGUCUGAGGGUUGUAAAGGGUUAGAUGUUCAGUCUGAGGGUUGUAAAGGGUUAGAUGUUCAGUCUGAGGGUUGUAAAGGGUUAGAUGUUCAGUCUGAGGGUUCUAAAGGGUUAGAUGUUCAGUCUGAGGUUGUAAAGGGUUAGAUGUUCAGUCUGAGGGUUGUUAAAGGGUUAGAUGUUCAGUCUGAGGGUUCUAAAUGGUUAGAUGUUCAGCCUGAGGGUUGUUAAGGGUUAGAUGUUCAGUCUGAGGGUUGUAAAGGGUUAGAUGUUCAGUCUGAGGGUUCUAAAUGGUUAGAUGUUCAGCCCGAGGGUUGUAAAGGGUUAGAUGUUCAGCCUGAGGGUUGUUAAGGGUUAGAUGUUCAGUCUGAGGGUUGUUUCUCUCCCUCUCUACAGAGCUACCCGUCACACUCCUCGGCAGACAUCAACCCCAGUCUUCCUCCCAUGUCCAGUUUCCAUCGUAGCACUGGCUCCAAUCAGUACAGUACGGCUUCCUGCACUGCCACCACCAACGGCACAGAGAGCAUCAUGGGUAAGACCUGGGAACAAGGACACAGGGCUGCAGAAGACAGGACAGAAGACAGGACAGAUCACAGGGCUGAUUACAGGACUGAAGACAGGACAGAACACAGGGCUGAUUACAGUGGUAAGACCAGCUAUGUGAAUGAUGGAUGGACGGAUGGACGGACAGACAGACAGGUAGACAGGUAGGCAGGCAGGCUGACAGACAGGCAGACAGACAGACAGACAGACAGACAGACAGACAGACAGACAGACAGACAGACAGACAGACAGACAAGUUAUACACAGACCUACACACAGACAAACAGUUAUACACAUGGACCGACCGACCGACAGACCGACAGCCAGACAGACAGACAGACAGACAGACAGACAGACAGACAGACAGACAGAAGUAGACAAGAUGGACUGAUUAACAGAGAAAGAUAAACAGAGCCCUCAUAAGGUUUUCACUCUUGCCAUAAUAUCUGCUGUGAUUAGCUGUGACAUGUCUGGAGUGUCAGUCUGUGUUGUUCCACUAUUCCACCACAGACAACCCAGCAUAUGGUCCUGUGUUGUUCCUCUAUUCCACCACAGACAACCCAGCAUAUGGUUCUGUGUUGUUCCUCCAUCCACCGACAGACAACCCAUCAUAUGUUUCUGUGUUGUUUUCCUCUAUGUCCACACAGACAACCAAAAUAUGGUCCUGUGUUGUUCCUCUAUUCCACCACAGACAACCCAGCAUAUGGUCCUGUGUUGUUCCUCUAUUCCACCACAGACAACCCAGCAUAUGGUCCUGUGUUGUUCCUCUAUUCCACCACAGACAACCCAGCAUAUGGUUCUGUGUUGUUCCUCUAUUCCACCACAGACAACCCAGCAUAUGGUUCUGUGUUGUUCCUCUAUUCCACCACAGACAACCCAACAUAGGGUUUCUGUGUUGUUCCUCUUUUCCACCACAGACAACCCCAGCAUAUGGUUCCUGUGUUGUUCCUCUUUUCCCACCACAGACAACCCAACAUAGGGUUUCUGUUUUCAUCUAAAAAUUAAAAACCCAAAGAAGAACCAGAUUGGCCUGGUGUUUUCCUCUAUUCCCCAAAAAACCCAAAAUAUUUCUCUCUCUUCAUUCCUCAUAGCCCACAUUUUAGAACAAUGAGGAACCUUGCCUUUGUUUUUCUAAAUGCUCUCCCUUCCACAAGGUUUCUCUUCUCCUAUAUUCGUCUCAUCUCUCUCGUUCUCCCUAUCCCGCUCUCCGGCCGCUCUCCACCUCUCUCUCGUCCUCUCUCCUCUCUUCCUCUUCCUCUCUUUCUCUCUCUCUCGCUCUCUCUCUCCUCUCUCUCUCUAUCUCUCUCUCUCUCUCUCUCUAUUCUCUCUCUUCGCUAUAUCUCUCCUCUCUAGCUCUCUGUCUCUCUCCUCCAGAACAGAGAAACAUAAACACUCAAAGAUUAAACAAAUAGGAACCAUGAAGCUUCAGAGACACAUACAGCCACGGCAGGAGAGUGAGGGUCUAUUCUGUGUGUUUGUUAAACACAGCGGGAGAGGAGAGAGAGAGAGGCUUGUGUUAGCAUGUGUUGCUCAAACAGUGAAAGAACUGAAGGGGAUGAAAGAGGGACAUAUAUGUGGCUAUAUUCUCUCUGACAAGCUGCAAUAAUACAAGGUCUUGAGGGAGUUAAAGCAUCAGACGUAGAAACCACAUACUGAUGUUUUCAGAUUAAAGACCUGCAGUGUGUUGGGAAACACUGCAUGGACCCCUUACAUGUCUAUGACUUCUCUUCAUAUAGAACACACUGACUGCACACACACACACACAAACACACACACACACAAGUACACACACACACACUACCACACACACACACACACUACACACUGACUGCACACACACACAUACACACACACACACAAGUACACACACACACACUACCACACACACACACACAAACACACACACACACAAGUACACACACACACACACUACCACACACACCACACACACACACACUACCACACACACACACACACUACACACUGACUGCACACACACACAUACACACAAUACUGAUCGCAAUCCAUUACAGAGAUUGGGUAGUUUAGCCCAGGGAAUUUAAAGAGGGCAGAGAGAAAUCAAAAAGCACAAACCAAAGUGGCAUAUGUUUGGGGUAAAGUCCUAAAUCAGCAUAAGAUUACCCCACAGCCACACACUCUGGGUCAUUUCAGCUAAAACAUAUGGAUGGAGAAAAUCCAUUUCAAUAAAUGGGAGCUUAAUGGAGCCUUCUAAAGACCCGUCUCUGAUCCCUCUCAAAUGUUUUGAAAUGAUUGACAAUUGAGUUUGGCCAUCAUGUUACUAGUCCCGAGUUAAAGUCUGUGUGUGAGUGUGUGUGUGUGUGUGCGCAUUCUUGAGUGUGUGUGUGUGUGUGUGUGUGUGUGUGUGUGUGUGUG